CAGCAGCACAACUGUGAGAUAAUUUAUUUUCCUAUCUCAUCAUCAUCAUCGCCACAUGACCACACUCCACUCCACCACCAUGCGACCACCACAUCUGCACCUCCUAACCACCACCCUCCUCCUUUCCUCUCGGCCGUAACUUUUCCGGCAUUCCUCUCCGCCGUCAACCUCCCUGAAUUCCGUGAAGCCCCAGCAUUCCGAAACGGAAACCAAUGCCCCAACCCAACCUCCUCUUCCUCCACCAUCCACAUAGCCAUGACCCUCGACUCCACCUACCUCCGCGGCUCCAUCGCCGCCAUCUUCUCCAUCCUCCACCACUCCACCUGCCCCCAAAACACCGUCUUCCACUUCCUCUCCACACACCGCCCAUCCGCCCAUCUCCGCCGCACCAUCCUCACCACUUUCCCCUACCUCUCCUUCCACCUCCACCACUUCGACACCAACCUCGUCAAAAACAAAAUCUCCUCCUCCCUCCGCCGCGCACUCGACCAACCCCUCAAUUACGCCCGCAUCUACCUCGCCGAUCUCCUCCCCGCCUCCGUCCACCGCAUCAUCUACUUCGACUCCGACCUCAUCCUCGUCGACGACAUCGCCAAUCUCUGGUCCAUCAACCUCAAUUCCCACGUCCUCGGUGCCCCCAAAUACUGCCACGCCAAUUUCACCACCUACUUCACUUCCAAAUUCUGGGCUAGCCCAUUGUUCUCAAACGUGUUCCAAAAUCGAAAUCCAUGUUAUUUCAACACAGGAGUGAUGGUAAUCGAUCUUGUGAAAUGGAGACAAGGUAAGUACACAGAGAAGCUCGAGAAUUGGAUGAGGAUUCAGAAGAGGUAUAGGAUUUAUGAGCUGGGUUCGUUGCCUCCAUUUUUGCUGGUUUUUGAUGGGAAUGUGGAAGGAGUUGAGCAUCGAUGGAACCAACAUGGGCUCGGCGGCGAUAACCGUGAUGGGCUCUGUAGAGAUCUGCAUCCGGGUCCGGUGAGUCUGCUGCAUUGGAGUGGGAAGGGGAAGCCAUGGCUGAGGCUUGACUCCGGAAAGCCGUGUCCGUUGGAUGGAUUGUGGAAACCGUACGAUCUGUUGAAUCACGCGCCGUUGUUUUCUGAUAAUUGAUGCACUGGAUUAAAACCCUGAUCCAGUAAUAUUGCAUGGUUGGAGUGUGUGUGUGUGACAAAAAGACGAAAGAGGACAAACGUGUAAAGGGAAUAAACUGCGGAGGGUAUUAUGGGGAUUCUGUUUUUGUCUGGUGCGAUCAAGACACUGUGUUACCUGUCAGUUAAAGGUGAAUCGAACGGACCUGAUUUGGUGAACAAUGUUGGUGACGUGGAGGAUGAGGAUUGGUGCAUUUCAUUUCAAUAUCUAGUGUUUGUUGAAAAGUAGUGUUUGGGAAUUUGUGAAGAUUCGCCCAUUCCUUUCCUUGCA